ACUAUGUUAUUGAUUAUUUUGUUGGUGGCUUUGUUGCUGGCUGUUGUGGCAUAUGUGGGCUACAUUAUACAUAAAAAGGAUAUCAAUCCCAUGGAAAUUCGCCUGCACAGCGUGAAGGAUGUACAAAAGCUGCUAACACUGCCCUCAACAGCUGGACCUGAACGCUAUCUUGCGAAGAGAGCAUGACUCCCGGCAUAUUAAUACAUAUUUCAAUUACACAUGCACUCUUUCUAUGCGAUUUCCACCUGAGGAAUUUGGGAGUUUUACUUACGUUUAGC